GGAGGUGAGAGAGUUCUUUGUUGAAUCAACAGAUUCAAUUUCAGCAUAUUGGGACCGUCUGAAGAACGAGGCUGAUUCCAUGACUAUUGGUUACGCCAGAAAAUCUCCGACGAAAGAGACUGAUGCUUCUAGAACGCGACUUCUGCAGCUCAUGAUUGACAAGCUUUAUUAUCGAAUGAAGUGUGAAGAAGUAUAUGUUAGUCCCUGCUGCUUUGCUGAUGAACCAAUUCUGGAAUGUGAUUCCCCUGCAUCAGAUCACUUGUUUGCAGACAUCAAAGGUUGCAAUGGAAGCAUUACAGAUUGACAACGCGCACCCAUCACACUCAAAAAUGUAUACGUCUGGCUAUUAUAGACUAUGCUGGCGAUUCAACAUCUCCCGAUGAUAUCCAAAAUUUCUCGAAAAAUACUCCGACAUCAGAGAAAUUGCCACUGACCAUGUCUUGUUCAACGAUCAAAAUUGUUUGGCAGUCUUCAUCUUUCCAUACCCGCAUAAGUUUUUAGUCUAUGCUUUAACAAAAAGAGGAACGGCGUAUGAGAUUUUCAGAGCGUAAAUGAUGAGUAUAAUUUCUUUUUUUUUUUAAAAAAAAAAAA